AUGGCCCAAAUCGCGCAGUCUCAGCUGGACGAAGCAACUGCCUACGGCUCUAGCCCUCCUUCAUCACUAGAGUCAUCCUCCGAUAAAGAGAAUCGUCAGCGAAGUGUCAACAAGCGGUCGAAUAUCCAGAUGCCAUCCCAACCUCAACAGUCCAAGCGUCGUCGCUUGACCGAUCGCGCGUCAAAUGUCCAGUCGCAAGGAUUGUCGCAGCGCAAAGACAGGCGUUUUUACGACCCUGAUCAGCCUGAAGAAGAGCGAAGAAAAGUCCGAAAAGGCUACAGAGACCUUACCUCUAUCUUUAAUGACUCCCGGACCGAGUAUAUGCAGCCUGGAAACAAUGGCAUCCUCAAAACACUCGAAACGGCGAACGACCUCUACACGAAAGUCAAGCAGACUUCGGAUGCCACUUCCGAUUCGCGCCUCCUCGUGAACGCCGCCGACCUCACCCAUAAGAAGACCGCGCAGCUCGCGCUUGGAGAUUCAUCGGCGGGUAUCGAUGUGGAUGAAUUUGUUUCCAAAUGUAUCUCAUAUAUGCGAUCUGGACCGGACUUGGCCGAUGAGGGCACUCAGCGGCGACAACGCCUCCGUCAAACGCAGAGAGACGCGAAUGACAGUGACGAUGGGGAUUCCGGCGACGCGAUGAAUUGGGAUUGGCUUGGUCGCAUGGCUUGUUUCCAUCACAAUUCCCGACCCGCCGUAUCUGGAUUCUUGCUAGGCCCACUGUCAAUUCAGAAACGCUCUCGACAAAAUACCCAGCGGGCUGGACGUGAGCAAUUCAAUUCCACGCAGGCUAUUCAGCCCCAGGACCUCAAUCUAGAGGACCUUGGUCAGCAGGAGAAUACGAACUUGACAACAAUGUGCAAAAAUAUCAAGAGUUUACUCGACAGAACCAUCCAAGACAUCGAGCAUGAGGUCAACAGGAUUUUGAACGAAGAGGGCGAGCCUACCGAGGAAAGGGUGCUGGAGGUGAUGAAUGAGCACCAUACCUCUCCCACUGGAGGUGUUUGCCUUUUUAAAUUUUGCAUCAACCCCCUGUCCUUCGGUCAAAGCGUUGAGAACCUUUUCUAUGUCAGCUUCCUGGUCCGCGAUGGUCAUGCUGGCGUUUCCAUGUCUGCUCGUGGAACUCCAACUCUUAAUAAUGCGGAGCCGUAUCCACCACAUGAGGCCCAAGCGAAGCGCAUUCAGAAGCACCAAGCCAUCUUCAGCCUGGAUUUCGAAACCUGGUCCAGUAUCGUUGAGGCGUUCCGCAUCGAUGAAUGCUUUAUUCCCCAUCGCGAAGAGAUUGAGGAGGGCGCCGGCCAGACUUGGUAUGGCUAG